AUGGCUCCGUCAACUGCAGACAUCGUUGCCGGUUUUAAAAGCGUUUUAAUUCCACAUUAUAUUGGAAAUGUCGUACUAGCGCUUUCCUAUUUUGUGAUGAAGACAUUUCCUCCGAUAUGCUCACGUUUAUUUGACGACUGCAGUCUGGAAUUGAAAGAGUGGGAAUGGAUAACUUUCCUUGGCUGUAUAAUUGUACUGAAGAACAGAAAACAGGCAACAGUGGGUGCUUAUGUAAACACGGCAUGCUUAUUUGCCAAAGUCUUGUGUGGCUUUAUGUUCUUCAGGACCAAUUCUCUGUAUGGCAUUUUAUAUGGAGUAGCAUGUUUAAUACACUUUGUAUUCCUGCCAGAGCCAAUGUACACAGGUCCAGAGAUGGUUACAUACUUCCGGGGACCAAACCUAGACGAAGAAAUUAAGCGUGACCGAAGAGUGACGUGGUUGAUUGCAUUUUAUGUGGCCUGGUCUCCCCCUUGUGUAUCAUUCGCCAGCCUAUUUUCUGAACUCUCAGCAGAAUACAGUUUGGACAAUCUAAAAUUUGGAAAAAUAGAUAUUUCAAAGUAUCCAGAAGUAGCAGAAAAAUACAGAAUCAAUGCAGGUGCCAUGUCAAGACAGUUACCAACAAUAAUAAUGUUAGAAGGUGGUGAAGAGACGAUGAGGAAACCCUACAUAUCACCAAAAGGCACAGUGGUCAGAUAUGUGUUUAACAAGCAAAACAUCAUUAAAGACUUUGAAUUGAACAUUGCCUAUGAUAAAUGUAAAAAGAAUCCCUUGAAACCUAGAAAGUCAGAUAAGGAGAAAACAGAAUGAUCAACAUGUGGAUUUCUGGAUUAAGACUUACCAUGGGUGUUCAAGAGGUGUGGUUAUGUGGAUGUAGUAAAAUGAUGCAAGGCCAAGACUGAUGACAUGCAUUGCAUUUACAUUAGUUACAAAUACAGUGGAAAACGCUCAAUGAUCUGAAACAUCUGGACAACUUCUUACAACAGUGUCUACAGUGUUUUGGAGUUCUCAUUAUUGAAAAGGAAUGAAAAGUGAUAUUAAAAUCCUGUUCUUGUUGCAUUUUUUUUUUAUUGAGAAUGGUAACAACAUCAGUCAAAAUCCAUUAAAAACUUCACAAUGAUUGUUUUCUGUGUAAAUUGUAUGUUAAAGAGUUAAAGCUUUCCUUAACUUGUUAAAAUAUUUCAGCACGGAUCUGUUGCCUUUCUAGUUAUAAUUACUUUGAAAUAACUUUGUGUAAAUACUUUUAUUAUUGUAAAUAAAAUUUGUAUAAAUGGAAAAACCGAAGAAAAUUGAAAAGCAUGAAAACCAAUCAGAGUUUUGUUGUUUGAAGCAUUCUAACAAAAUAUUUAAUUUUCAAAGAAGAUGAAGUCGUAAUUGAUAGUGUUAUGGUCACUUUUGAAGUGCAUUUUCCUUCCUUGAUCUUUCCUGUGUUGCUCUGUGAAAUUUCUGAGUUAUUUGAUGCCUUGUAUAUUUUUCCUUUUAUUUGUAUGUAACCAAUUCAUUGAAUAAGCCAUGAUUUGUAUUUUUCUAAAAAAGAUAUUUAAAGCGUGAAAGAAUUACUGAUGAAUAAAAGGGAGUAUAUGUGAGAAAUUUUGUAAGUAAAGAAAUGCAUGUUUGCUGGAAGAGUUAAAACUUUAUAAUAAUAUUGCAAUGUACAGCGGAUCCACGAUAAUCCGGAUACUUCCGUUCCCGGCCAAAGUCUUCUUGAGUAUCAUUUUACCUGAUUGUCGCCUAGUUUAUUGAACCAGCCAAACUAGCCGAAUUUAUCUCCCUUGAAUAAACCGUACUGAUACGGUUGGUUGUUUUCAUAAUGUGUAUACAGUUUACUGUAAAAACAAGUAUUUAUAAAUGUCUUUCAUGGUCUGAUUAUGUUUAUUUUCGUAAAUAAUUGGAAAAAAACUACCAUAGUGAAAGUUGUUAUUCAUGUUGUCCAAUAUUGCUGGGGAUUCGUUGAAUGUAUAUGUUCCAUAUCAAUAGUGAUGUUUAUGUUUUACUCAAAACUACGUAAGACCCAUACUUUCUGAAUAUGAUAUGCACCGCGGACGGUGUAUUUACGUGUGUUUUACACAAGCCAGAUUCUUUUUCCCGAUGAAUAAGAUCAUUUAUAUGUUGUGUUAUACAUCACUAUUUGGAAUUAUUCUAUUUUUAGAACCUAGUGACUCGGUUAAGUUAAAAAAAAAGACUGUAAUUAAAAGACUUAAGAUAUAUAUUUUUCUGUCUUUUCUCUGUCUUAUGUGUCACUGAUUCCACAGAAAUCUCUAUUGUUUUUUCUAAGUAUAUAUGUAUAUAUAUGAUCAAUAUGUAGAAGCAUUGAAGGAUGAUGGCCCCAUUUUAUUUAUUUAUCAUAAAUACAUAAAUAUAUAUUUAUUUAUCAUGAACGAUUUACCUUUAACGUUGAAAUAACGUUAAAAAAUGGUAACUUUCGGUGUUCGAAAUAUCAAUAUGAAACAAUAGUCACAUUUCACUCCGUAAAAAUCAAGAACUUGUCAGGUAUACAUACAGUAACUCAGUAUCAAUUAUCCGACGUUUGAAAACAAGAACAAACCAAGACAUUCUCUUCCAUGUUUUCUUAACAAUUCAUUCAUUUUGGCCUGUAUCGGGGUCUACGAUAUAUGCUCCACAGGUGAAUGAAAUCAACGUCACGGGAAUUCGUUCCCGAACAUUUCUCUCCGGAUUGCAAUAUUUCCGGACUAUCGGCGUCCGGAUUAUCGCGGGUCUGCUGUAAAUGUAUAGGUGUUUUGAAUUGUUUGUGUGGAUGUUGAUGACUGUACUGUAGAAAUAAUUCUCAUACUAGCGUUUCCUUAAGUGUGUAAGAAAAAUAAACAUGAUCACUGGAACGUUAAGUGUAGAUGAAUAUUUAGAAUUAGUACGCCUAUUGUCAAGAAACACGACAAUAAGAAUGAGAAUAUUUUCUGUACAAAGGUAAACAGAAUUUUGAAGGACAUCGUUUAAUAUUGGAAAGUCGCCAUUGAACAAUUGAAAUAAAUUUAUAUAUCUCAAGGGUUUUUUUUUAUAAAGUUAUGACAAAAAUUAAUAUUCAUGAGAUAUAUUCAAAUAUAGUUGUACACAUAAUAUAAAAUUGCUUUCCCUGUGUGAAAUGACCGUCCAUUUUUUUGUCAUGAUGAUCUGUAUAAAUGUCGGAAAGUCAAUUGACCUAAGGUAUAAAACACACUUUAGUUAACUUAUUGGACACGAAUUUGUUUUUACUAAAGCAUGCGGCAACAACUCCAUGGAAUUGAUUUAAAACAACAUUAUUACCAUAUGUCAAGUCGCAGGCCAUUACAUUGUGUGCGCGUAGAUCGAUACUGAUGUCGGAUUUGUGUAUCUACUCUUAAAUACGUACCAGGAUUUAAAAUUGCUAUAUACAUUUAACAGUUUAAAUAUUUUGAUUAUUUGCUAUGAAUAUAAGAAUGCAGAAACAUGAACAGUAAGCUUUCAUGUAAUACAUUGUCACACAAAAUUAUAUGGAAUGCGUUGAUGUAGGUUUGUAAGUCGUUGUUAACCUCGAAAAACUAGAAAUCAAACCUAAAUAUCACGAGAUCCCCUGGAAUUGUUAAAUAAGGUUACCAUACCAACAUCUUUUGUUAUUCAAGAAAUACGUGAUGGCUGCUUCUAUUUUCUAUUGGAAUACCAAAUGUGUAAGACUUUAGACCAUUUUAAUUCCCGCCAUUUGUUGGGAAGGGUUGUGCGUGUGAAUAUGAAAAGAAAUAAAAAUGUGAAACAUU